AACCCUUGUCUUACAGUGAUACUGAAGGAGACAGAGUGGAAUAAAGACGCUUGGCAAUGAAGGGACACAGGUUAUCAGAAAGAAGUCCUAAGUUUUGCCAAUUGGUGGGAGGGGAGAGGGAAUUAGAGUGUUUGAGACCACAGGGAAAGCACGGGUAAGCUGCGGGGAGAAACAGGUACUGCUGGGAGCAGAGCUGGCCAGUCGUAUAUGGUGUGGUGUUGCCUCCCUUACUCAUUCCCGAUUCCCUCUCUCUUAUCAGCUGACGGCCAAGGUGGUAAGGUCUGCUGUGGUGGUCAGAAUGGCAGAGGAGCAGGAGUUCACCCAGCUGUGCAAGUUGCCCACGCAGCCCUCACACACACACUGUGUCAACAACACCUACCGAAGCGCACAGCAUUCCCAGGCCCUGCUCCGGGGGCUACUGGCUCUUCGGGACAGCGGCAUCCUCUUCGAUGUAGUCCUGGUGGUGGAGGGGAGACACAUUGAAGCCCAUCGCAUCCUGCUGGCUGCAUCCUGUGAUUACUUCAGAGGAAUGUUUGCUGGGGGAUUGAAGGAAAUGGAACAGGAAGAGGUCCUAAUCCACGGUGUGUCCUACAAUGCCAUGUGCCAAAUCCUGCACUUCAUAUACACUUCCGAGCUGGAGCUCAGCCUGAGCAAUGUCCAGGAGACGCUGGUUGCCGCCUGCCAGCUUCAGAUCCCAGAAAUCAUCCACUUCUGCUGUGAUUUCCUCGUGUCCUGGGUGGAUGAGGAGAACAUCCUUGAUGUCUACCGGCUGGCAGAGCUAUUUGACUUGAGCCGUCUGACCAAGCAGCUGGACACCUACAUCCUCAAAAACUUUGUGGCCUUCUCAAGGACUGACAAGUACCGCCAGCUUCCUCUGGAGAAGGUCUACUCCCUCCUCAGCAGCAACCGCCUGGAGGUCUCCUGCGAGACCGAGGUGUAUGAGGGUGCCCUGCUCUACCAUUACACCCUGGAGCAGGUGCAAGCAGACCAGAUCUCAUUGCAAGAACCCCCCAAGCUCCUUGAGACAGUGCGAUUUCCCCUAAUGGAACCCGAGGUCCUCCAGCGGCUGCAUGACAAGCUGGACCCCAGCCCACUAAGGGACACAGUGGCCAAUGCUCUCAUGUAUCACCAAAACGAGAGCCUGCAGCCCAGCCUACAGAGCCCACAGACAGAGCUGCGGUCAGACUUCCAGUGUGUUGUGGGUUUUGGGGGCAUUCACUCCACACCAUCCACGGUCCUCAGUGACCAGGCCAAGUACCUGAACCCCCUGCUGGGAGAGUGGAAGCACUUCACCGCCUCCCUGGCCCCCCGGAUGUCCAACCAGGGCAUCGCAGUGCUCAACAACUUUGUGUAUCUGAUUGGAGGGGACAACAAUGUGCAGGGAUUCCGCGCUGAGUCCCGAUGCUGGAGGUAUGACCCGCGGCACAACCGCUGGUUCCAGAUCCAGUCCCUGCAGCAGGAGCACGCCGACCUGUGUGUGUGUGUCGUGGGCGGGUUCAUCUACGCAGUGGCGGGCCGGGACUACCACACUGACCUGAGUGCUGUGGAACGCUAUGACCCUGCCACCAACACCUGGGCCUAUGUGGCCCCGCUCAAGAGGGAGGUGUAUGCCCAUGCUGGCGCCACACUGGAGGGGAAGAUGUACAUUACCUGCGGCCGCAGAGGGGAGGACUACCUAAGGGAGACACACUGCUAUGACCCAGACAGCAACACCUGGCAAGCUCUGGCGGAUGGGCCUGUGCGGCGGGCCUGGCACGGCAUGGCCACCCUCCUGGACAAGCUGUAUGUGAUCGGGGGCAGCAACAAUGAUACUGGCAACAGGAGGGAUGUGCACCAGGUGGCCUGCUACAGCUGCACAUCCGGGCAGUGGUCAUCUGUCUGCCCGCUCCCAGCGGGGCAUGGUGAGCCUGGCAUUGCUGUGCUGGACAACAGGAUCUAUGUGCUGGGUGGCCGCUCACACAACCGUGGCAGCCGCAUGGGCUACGUGCACAUCUAUGACGUGGAGAAGGACUGCUGGGAGGAGGGGCCCCAGCUGGACAACUCCAUCUCGGGCCUGGCGGCCUGUGUGCUCACCCUGCCCCGUUCCCUGCUCCUGGAGCCGUCCUAUGGGACCCCUGACCCGCAGGCCGACCCGGACUUCGCCUCGGAGGUGAUGAGUGUGUCUGACUGGGAGGAGUUUGACAACUCCAGCGAAGAUUAGGGCUCUGGGGCUGGUGUCAACAGGAAGGGAAGGGUGGCAGGAGCUCCGAGGGCAGCCCAGGCCAGAGCACUUUACCCAGGGCAUUGAGAACCUUCCUUCUGCACCCCAGCCGGCUGGCUCUUGCCACCCUCCCUUCACAUCAGCCUAUCUGCCAGCUUGCAGCAGGUCUUUGUGGGGCUCUGUAGAUCGGCUGUGGAUCACCGUGCAGGGGGAAGUGUUCAGGAAGGCUCUGGUCCCUGAAGGGGUUUACCAGGCCUGCUGCUCCUCAGCUCCCAGGGUGUGCUGUCACCAGCUGUCUUGGCCUCCCUGGUUCUGGUCCCUGCUGGGCUGAGAAGGUGUCCUCCCAAGGGAUCUGGGCACUGGCGCCUGGGUGAGGCGGCUGAGGCGGCUGAGGUAUAUUGAACCCCCUUCUGUGGGCAAGGGUAGGGUGGGCCCCUCACCUACCCAGCAACCAAGAGGGCAAUUGAGAGCUCCCAAGGACUGGAGAAGGAGCAGAGUUGCAUAAGCUUGCUUGAGACUGGUUCUAGUGAUAAGAGGAUCCCCUACAGCUGGGCUUUUCUGACCCCAUGUUGUUGAUAAAUGAAAUAAAUCAUCUUACAAAAGGUA